UCGUGUGAUGUAUACAAACCUAACAUUUUGGUGUAAUAUAUAUUUUCAUAUUAUGAAUAGGAGUUGUGGAUUUUAUGUCGAUAAAACAAAGAUACACAAAAGACAACUAGAGGUCAACCUGCUGUUUACUAAUAUACCCUUAAAAUGAAUACAGACCUUUUUGAAGAAUCAAUGCAUGGCAACAUUAGUGAAGUAGAAUCUCUAUUAGAGAACGGUGCAAAUCCAAAUCAUUUCUCUGCAAAUGGCUUUACAGCGCUUCACACUGCAUCUGAACUUAAUCAUGGAGAUGUUGUCCAAAUGCUUCUUGAAAACGGUGCCGAACCCAAUGUUAUGUCAUCCGAUGCAAGUAAAAUAACCCCGCUUGGAUUUGCCUGUAACACAGGAAAUAUUGAUAUUGUUUCAAGACUUCUUAAAUACUCCGCUGAUGUCAAUCUUUGUGAUGAACACUGUGUUAGUCCUUUGUAUGCAGCCUCCCGUAGUGGCAAUUUUGAAAUAGCAAAACUUCUUAUUCAAAGUGGCGCCGAUGUAAACAAAGCCACAUUAGAGGGAUUUAAAGCUCUACAUACUGCUUCAGAAUUUGGUCAUGUUGAUAUUGUUAAUUUGCUUUUGAAUAAUGGAGCUGCAGCGAAUGAAAGUUCAAACAAAGGUAAUGUUUCACCACUUUAUUUUUCCUCAGCUAAUGGACAUGUUGAAACUGUUAAGCUGCUUAUACAGUUUGGUGCUAAUGUAAAUGAACGAACGUCUAAAUCAUUUACGGCUCUUCACACUGCAUCAGAAAAGGGUCACAUUGCUAUUGUUGGAAUUCUACUAGAAAAUGGAGCAAACCCAAAUAUACUAUCCGCAUGUACAAAUAGAACAUCACCACUUCACUUAGCUUGUAGUAAUGGCCACAAAAGCAUCGUUGAAGAUUUGUUAAAACACGAAGCUAAUAUAAACACGUCAACCGCACAGUGUGUAUCGCCUUUAUAUACUGCUUCCCAAAACGGUCACACAGAAAUAGUUGAAUAUCUUUUGCAAAACAGAGCAGACGUGAAAAGACGCUGUGUAAAUGGAAAUACUGCUCUUCAUACAGCUUCUGAAAGGGGUCAUUUAAGUAUUGUAAAUACUCUUCUGGAAAACGGUAGCCAGAUAAACUUUCAAUCAAGUUCCGGAUCUACUCCGCUUUAUUAUGCAUCUGCGAACGGUAGAAAUGAAACUGUCAGUCGACUUAUUCAGCUUGGUGCUGACAUAAAUAACCCCACUGUGACAGGAUGCACUCCUCUUCAUGGCGCAGCUGACCACGGACACAAGGCUGUUAUUUCUGGUCUUCUCGCUAAUGGCGCAGAUGUCAAUCAGCAGACCGAGGGUGGAUUAACUGCAUUGUACUUUGCCGUACGUAAACCUGAUAUCGAAGUCGUAAACAUUUUACUUCGACACAAUGCUGAUGUCAAUUUGUGCACUGUCCAAGAUUUUAGUCCUUUACAUGCUGCGUCAGAACUUGGGCAUUUAAAUCUGGUUCAAGCUCUUAUCCAGAAUGGAGCAAAUAUGAAUCAUCAAUCGAACACAGGUAUCACUGCAUUAUACUUUGCAUCAUCAAAGGGACGGAGUAAUAUUACCGAGUAUUUACUUAGGAAUGGGGCCAGCCUUAAUAUUUACACAGUGCAGGGAUUCAGUCCACUGCACACAGCAUGUGAACAAGGUCAAAUAGAAGUAGUGAAAGUUCUAUUAAAACACAACGCAGACCCAUUUCAUUGUACAAAUGGAGGUGAAAAUGCCUUUACCUUUUCAUUAAAGAAACAACAUUUUCUUAUAUUACUGUCAUUGAUACAAAACUGUGCUUUAAGUAGAAAAUACAUUUUUCUUGCGUUAGCUGGAUUUAUUUCGUUGAUAUUGGCCUUUUUGUAUGAAUAGACGAACGAGUAUAUGAUACACAUAUUAUUAAAAUCAAAAACGUUGUAAAUAUUAGUUUAAUUAUAUUACUGGAUUCUUAUGUUUGAUUUGAUAACUGUGUUAUUUAACGGGAAAGCAGAAGUAUUUAUUCAUCCCUAGACGACAAUACUAACACGUUUUGAAUUUAACACGUUUCAUAAUAAUAUGAAUGAAAAGCAGGACAAACAGUUAUACCGACUUUUAGUACUCUUUUAAUCUGUUUUAUAAGUACAGUCAAAUAAUGGUAUGUUAAUCUUCAAAUGGUCAUUGUUAAUACAUGUAAUAGUAUCCGUUACAUUCGUCCUCUUACAUCACGUUUAUUAAUAUUCAGAAGCCUUUUAUAAUGAUAGUCAUGAUUUGUUUUUUACUUGCUUUUAAAAUUCAUAUAAUAGUAAAUAUGAACAGUGGUGUUAUUCAUGGAAGAAUAACGAUUCUUAUCCCCGGCUUAGUAUAUUUCUAGGAUUUUGAUUGGCUAAUGCAAGUCCUUACGAAUCCCAGAGCCUCUGGGUGUUGCUAACCCAUUUACACAGGCGUUCCUACCCAUUAUUCCUAUAUCUUCACACACGUUUACCUUAGUUCCCUGGUUGCUCCUUGUCAAAUUAUAAAAAUUCUGUAGAUUAUCCAUUAUGUCUGUAAUCAAAUAUUUAAUUUAUUAACAAUUUCGUUCUAUACUGGAAAUAAUUUGCAAUCAUUUCAGUAAUUACAUCACUUGGCUGCCACAUUUUCAAGGAAUGGGACUUCUGACCCAGCUAUGUAAAUAGCCCACGUUAACGUCACACCAUCUUCUCACGUACUUCUCACAAUAUUGAGAACCAAAUUUGAUUCAUUCUAGUUUCUCUGUCCCCUGAUUAAAAACGUCUUGCAUUUGAAUACCUGUAUGUUUCUAUCAAAGGCAGU